AUAUUGACAACCUGUUUGCUUCUCGUAUUUGUUGAGGAAAAAAACCCUGUGUUACAUGGGCUUAGCUCUUGGGCCGCCGCCCCCAGAAGCAGAGGGUGGCUUGGGGGACACUUCAGUCUCACUGGGAAGGGUUUUCUCUUUUACCACGAAAACCUCACAAAGGAACUCACAAUUCAAUUUCUCAUCCCUCUUUCGCGAUCUCAUUCAUAUUCUCAUACGCCUUUCUCUCAGAAUCAUCGCUUCCAAGAGGUUCUUGUAGGUUUUACCUAUGGGGGAUAGUCAGUACUCAUUCUCUCUCACCACAUUUAGCCCUUCUGGGAAGCUGGUUCAGAUUGAACAUGCUCUCACGGCGGUUGGUUCUGGACAGACAUCUUUGGGAAUUAAAGCUGCAAAUGGCGUAGUCAUUGCAACUGAGAAGAAACUGCCAUCUAUAUUGGUUGAUGAAGCAUCGGUUCAGAAGAUUCAGUUAUUAACACCAAAUAUAGGGGUUGUAUAUAGUGGCAUGGGUCCUGAUUUUCGAGUCUUGGUUAGGAAAAGCAGGAAACAGGCAGAGCAAUAUCACCGAUUAUAUAAAGAACCAAUCCCUGUCACACAGCUUGUAAGGGAAGUUGCUGCUGUUAUGCAGGAAUUCACUCAGUCAGGUGGUGUUAGGCCAUUUGGAGUGUCCCUACUAGUUGCUGGAUUUGAUGAUAACGGACCACAAUUGUAUCAGGUGGAUCCAUCUGGUUCUUACUUUUCUUGGAAAGCUUCUGCUAUGGGCAAAAAUGUUUCUAAUGCGAAGACUUUUCUUGAGAAGAGGUAUACAGAUGACAUGGAACUUGAUGAUGCAGUCCAUACGGCAAUAUUGACGCUGAAGGAAGGAUUUGAGGGACAGAUCUCGGGAAAGAACAUUGAAAUUGGCAUAAUUGGGUCCGACAAAAAGUUCAGAGUAUUGACCCCUGCCGAAAUCGACGAUUACUUGGGUGAAGUAGAAUAAUCUUGAUGAAGCAAACCUUGAUGUAAGACGGUGUUUCUUUGAAAGUUGUGCUUAGUUGAAUGUCAAGGUGGAUAGAGCUGUGAAACCAAGACUUGCUAUUUGCAAUUGGCACUGGUGAAAUUUAUGAGCUACUCUUUGUUGUGGCGAACGAUAGACUUUCAAAGUUAUUAAAAGUGCCAGACAUUCCUGCUUGUCUAACUGUACCAUCUAGCAAUGAGCCAAUGGACAAUGACUAUUAAAUUUA